AUGAAAAAUCACUUGUUGUCACAAUGCAAAAAAUUUCCGAAGGAGGCAUUAGAUCCUACCCAAAAGAUUCUUUGUUUUCAAGAUGUGGUAAAAGAUGAUAGGAAAGGGAUAGGUAGUUCACUUUCUGCCGUGUCAUUUGAUGUUGAUUAUUGUAGACAAGCGCUUGCUAGAAUGAUUAUUGUGGAUGAAUUGCCUUUUUCGCAUGUUGAAGGGAAGGGUUUUCGUUAUUAUACAAGUUGUUUGCAACCCAAGUUUCCAAUUCCUGGAAGGCUCACAGUUGCUAGGGAUUGUUGGAAGCUUUAUUUGAAUGAAAAAAUUAAGAUGAAGUCUGUUUUCUCUCAACCAAAUCAAAAUGUUUGUUUGACAACUGAUUGUUGGUCAUCUGUGCAAAACUUGAACUAUCUUUGCCUUACUGCUCAUUACAUUGAUGCUAAUUGGAAAUUAAUGGAGGACUGGAAAUCACAUCCAUUAAGGGGAGAGUUUUUACAUGUUAGAUGUUGUGCUCAUAUUUUAAAUCUUGUUGUGAAUGAUGGGUUGAGAGAAAUGCAUGAGUCAAUUUUAAAGAUUAGAAAUGCAGUUCGGCAUGUGCGUGCAUCACUUGGUCGUAGUGAGAGUGCUUUGAAGUUUCAAAAGGCAUUUAAACGUUUGGGGGAGAGAGAUUCUGAAUAUGCUAUGAUGGCUGGUGGGAUUCCUAGGUCUGAGGAUUGGGAGAAUGCAAGGCAUUUUGUGAAGUUUUUAAAAAUAUUUUAUGAGGUUACUAACAAAGUUUCUGGUUCAACGUUUGUGACAUCUUCUCAACACUUUAAUGACUUUUGUAAAAUAUUGUCUACACUUAAGCAUUGGAUGGGAAGCUUAGAUACGGUACUUUCAAGCAUGGCUGAGAAAAUAAAGUCCAAGUAUGAUAAGUAUUGGGGAAAUAUAAAGAACACAAACAUGAUGAUUUUCAUUGCAGUUGUUCUUGAUCCUAGGUAUAAGCUUCAAUUGAUUAAGUGGAGUUUUGAAAAGUUGUAUGAAAAAGAAGAUGCUGAAUUCUUAACGUCAAAGGUGAAGGAGACGCUUUUCAGGGUGUUUGAUAGCUACAGGAUGUUUGGUGGUAACUAUCAAAGGUCUACUCGGCAAGAUCUUCCUGAAAUUAGCACACAAGAGCUUGAGGCACAUGAAACUUCUUUUGCUAUGGAAUUUGAGAAGGAAAUGCAAUUCAAUGAGAGUGCUAACAAGAAUGAGGUGGAGUUAUAUCUUAUGGAGGCAUUAGAGAAGAGUGGCGUGCAAUUCGACAUUCUAAAUUGGUGGAAAGUGAAUUCCACUAAAUUUCCAAUCCUUGGGCAUAUUGCAAGAGACGUCUUAGCCAUGCCAGUUUCCACAGUUGCUUCAGAAUCGCUGAAGCGUUAA